UUUCGUCCUCGAUUGAAAAAGCUCCUUCUUUUUUUUUCUGGGUUUUCUGAAGUCAAAAGGGGUUUUUCUUCACUGUUCCAAGACUUUCUUUGUGAAUUUCCUCGCUUUCUUAUUCUUUCUAUCCCUGCUUUUUCCCGUGAACACCGUAAGCAACUUUGGCUUAGUUUGCUAGAAGGUUACUACAAAUGGGAAAUUUUUAGGGGAACAAAAAGUUUCAUUUGCUGUUAAUGUAGCUGUAAAGUGUAGGGUUUUCGAUAUUAAUCUUUAUAAGUUAGUUUGGAAAUAGCACUUAUUGACAGUGUUGAUCCAGUGUUAGAUCUGUGAAAUCGAGAAGCACUUUUUUUUUUGGGUGAGAAUCGGGUCAAUGUCGGUUCCACCUCGAAUCCGGUCCGUGGAUUCCGGAGAGCGAGACUUCCGAUCAAUUCUCGGUCCAACCGGAAACAAGCUGCAGAGGAAACCACCAGGGAUGAAACUGGAGAAGCCGACAGUGGAGAAGAAGACGAUCGAGUCAAACGAUGAGAAAUCGAAGAAACCAGAUACUCCGGCUUCACCAACGACGACUCUGAAGCAAUGCUCUUCUCUUUGCUCUUCGAUUCUGAGACGGAACAGUGCAUCGAUGACUGCUUCUUAUUCCUCUGAUGCCUCGUCUUCUUGCGAGUCAUCGCCUUUGAGCGUGGCGUCUUCUUCUAGCCGUAGGAAGGCUGUGAGGCGAAGUGGGUCUGUCUCCUCUUCAGCUACAUGUGCGGCGGCGAGAAGGAAGCAGAUUGAUGAGAAAGAAGACAAGGUUUCUGCUGGUGCAAGCAACGGCGAUUGUUUCGCUGACGGUCGAAAAAGAUGUGCUUGGAUCACGCCUAAAUCUGACCCGUGUUACGUAGCUUUCCAUGACGAAGAAUGGGGAGUUCCUGUUCAUGAAGACAAGUACGUGGCAUCCUCAACUAUUUUCCUUUUAUCAGAGAUGCUCUUUGUAACUAUAAGAGUCUCUUACCACUUUGCUAAAAUGUGUAGGAAGCUUUUCGAGUUAUUAUGCCUCUCGGGUGCUCUAGCCGAACUCUCCUGGACUGACAUUCUCUCCAGAAGGAAAAUACUCAGAGAAGUUUUCAUGGACUUCGAUCCAGUUGCUGUUUCCGAACUGAAUGAGAAAAAGGUAACCGCUGCCAUUUCCUUACUAUCAGAGGUCAAGAUACGGUCAAUCCUUGAUAACUCACGCCAUGUGCGCAAGAUUAUAACUGAAUAUGGAUCAUUUAAGAAGUACAUGUGGAACUUUGUGAACAAUAAGCCUACACAGAGCCAGUUCAGGUAUCAACGACAAGUCCCUGUGAAGACAUCAAAAGCUGAGUUUAUAAGCAAAGAUCUUGUACGCAGAGGCUUUCGCAGCGUCAGUCCAACGGUUAUUUACUCCUUCAUGCAAGCAGUUGGUCUUACAAACGACCAUCUCAUAGGCUGCUUCAGAUACCAAGACUGUUGCGUAGCUGCAGAGACAACAACGAAGGCGAAGAAGAAGAACGAGAGUGAUAAAUAAAUUUUAUGUGCAAUUCUGAAAGCUAAUUCACGUAUUUGAGUACCACGUUGUUUGCUAUAAAAAGAUUAUUUCAGACAAGGAAGUUUUGCUACCGAACCAUGAAGUGUUAUUUUUGGCGAUGUAUAGAUCAUGUUUUUGGCUAUCUGUUUAUGCAUAGUAGAAUGUUCCGA